UUCAUUGUUAGUCAUAGACGUGCUGCAGGGUGGAUAAUUCCUCUCUUUCUCCAUCGUAGUAGCAGCGGGCUACGCGUCCGUUUCAGGUUCCGGAUUAUUCUCGCGCGACACUGUCGAAUGUUUUCGUCAUUACGCGAUAAAGACGCUCGUGCGAUGAUACUCCUCACGAAUAUGCGGUCGCUGCUCGCUGACGAGCCUUCCUCGGUGCACGACAUCGGAACUGCUCCGAGGUGUCCUUUGCCCGUGACAGUCAUGGAUUUCAUUUAUAAUUUCACUCAAGCCGAGUUGGAAGUUACAUGGCCGUGUGAGGUGCGCUUCUACUGGCUGUCGUUACAGCCGUUCGUCCGAUUCGUCCGUUUCUUGGUCGGCUACGUAACGCCGUUUAUCAUAAUACUCGGUGUAUUGCUAAAUACUGUAUCUUUUAGUAUGUUGAGCACACCCGUGCUAUGUGACUCCAAUUUGUCACUUUAUCUAAGAGCGCUCGCUAUAUCGGACAAUGGAGCAUUGAUUUUUAGUUAUGCCGUCAGCGUCGCGAGAUCACACUCUACAUUCGUUAACGAUCUCUUCAUGAAUAGCAGAUUCUUGUGCAGCACGAGUUCCGUGAGCAUGGAGCUCUUUCAAUUCACAUCGACCUGGCUGGUGGUCGCUCUCACGUGGACGCGAGUGAUCGCGGUAACGUUCCCGUUCCGAACUCAUGGCUGCCAGAAUUGCUCGGCGGUUAUAACGAUUGCCAUUUUGACCUGCAUAAGUUCCGUGAUAUCCUUAACAAAGUUGUACUCUGGAGGAUACGAAACCGACAGCGUUUUCGAGUUUAUACCGUGCCAGGAGAUGAUAAAGCCGUGGGGUAGCGCCAUGUACUUCUAUAUAGCUCUGUCCACGUGGCUACCUCUGCUGUUUAUAUUCGUCGGCAACUUGCUGUUGAUUAUUCGCGUGAGAAAGUCCUAUAAAAUUCACAACGAGUUGACUCAUAAUUUCAGGUACAAAAAUAACAGGACGCAUAAUUCCAGCCGGACUUUGCUCGCGGUGUCGAUAGUAUAUUUGAUUCUCUUGCUGCCACUCGGGAUUGUAGAAACUUUAGAGCUUUAUUGGGACAUAAUUUUGAUCGAACAUCCCGCCAAUGAUGCGGAGAAAAACAAGAGAUACAUACACUGGCUACAAGAGAAGAUGUUUCUGAAAUGGUGCCGUGGCUUGUUCUUUCACAUAUACCACUGGAACUUUGCGAUCAACUUCUUCCUGUACUAUUUGACAGGGAAGAAAUUCCGGAGAGUCGUGACGCAAACGCUGAAAAAUUACACGGACUCGAAUCUGCCGUGCUACAAAGGUAUCUUAAAAUGCAACACGUGGAACAAUUGUCACGAGCACUUUGCGGCUGUGCGUUCGACAAGUAUAUUGUUGGCAAGAGCCGUCACGCGAAAUAAUCGAUUUAUCGACACUAAUGUCGCGCGGGACAACGCCAACGAAAGAAUCAGCACUAACGUUUAGCUAUAUACAAGCAUAAUACACCGAAAGAGCGUAACUCUUUCAUGCGUACAGCUCGUAUUUGCCGUUUAUUGCGUUCAAGAUAAAUACAUAUCUAAUCUAAUAUGUCUAUCACUUGUAGAUUAUUUUACACAUACAUACAACAUAUUUCUUUUGCCUAUAUCUGGAAAUAAUUGUUAGAUAAAUUCUAUUUAUUCUUCCUUCGUUUUUGUAUACAUUUGUGUGUGUGUAUGUGUGUGUGUGUGUGUAUGGUGUAAUGUAUGUAUGUAUGUGUCUAUGUUUGUAUGAAACGUUUGCUUCUUUUUUUUUUUAUAUUAAAUAUUGCAAAAUAUCACAUUGCGUAUUAGGCGUCUCUUGCAUAAUAGCGUAUUUCUCGAGAGAAUUAAAUAGCACUACUUAUAUAUAUGUAAAAUAUCUGUUAUCAUUACAUUUUGGAUAUAACUUUUGACUUUGCUAUUACCAUCCGUCUCUUCCUAAUCUCCUGUUCCUUACAAUCUAAGAUACUGGUCCCGAUGCAGACCUUCGAUAUAACGGAUAUAUCGUGUUAAUACUGUACUAAAUGAGAAUUUCAAGUAAAGUGAGAUAUACGAUUGAAACAUACGUCAUUUCUGAUUAACAAUAUACAAUAACUCACGACACGCAGUUAACGACCGAAUCGUUGAUUUUUUUCCCUCUCUAGUUUCUCACGACAUCAACCAACGAUUUGGUAUCUUCAGGCAUGCACGAAACACUUGAAUAUAUCAAUAUCGAUGCAUAGAUUUCAUCGAACAUAAUUAGAUAAUUUAAUUACAUGAUUUACAUGAAUCUUGUGGACGCACGAUUACAUAUAUACAUAUAUACGAAAAAGCAUUUAUUCACGUUAACGUUAAAUUAAACGUAUAUGAAAUUACCUAAGCUACGUUUUUACUUCAUUAUGCAUUCACGUAAUAUACAUAACACUAAAUGUCACAUAAUACAUAUGCCGUACCAUCGUUAUGUUGGUAACUUUUAAUGAAACUAAAUAAUAUAAGCCUUAAAUUAUAUAUAUAAAUGUAAUAUACAUGUACAAUAUAAAUAUACAACGCGUAUAUUAUGCUGAGAUAACCUAAUUUUUAACCUACAAUUUAUGUUUAAAAGAAAAUUAUUUUUUAUAUGGUGCAUAAAUAAAGAAAUAUUGAGUUAUUUCCUAGCUUCAAACACAUUAAAUUCAAACAAUAUAUACAUUAUGAAAAAAGUUAUAUAUAUGUAUAACUCCGCAUCUUUAUGUUUGUAUAUGUCUAAGUAUUUCUAAAAGAUGAUAUCCUAUCUAAUUCAAUCACGUGUCGAAGAAUAUCUUUCAUUUGAACAGUUCACAAAUUUUAUUAUAAAGAAUAAAUUUUUCAAAUUAUACGUAAGAUGAAUGCGCGCGCGCGCGUUUAAUAAAAUAAAGUAAGCUCCAUUUUUUUAUAUAAGUUAGCAUUAAUCAUUUGUACACAUUUAACAGAUCAGCAGCUACUUUAUAACUUAGAAGCACAAUUAAUGUUUAAACAAUUACUUGAAUAUAUGUAUGUAUAACAAGAAACAAAGAAUUUCAAAUCUAUUCUUGCAAAAAUGUAUUCAGAUAAGAAAAAUUCUUGAAGAAGCCAUGUUAAAGGCAAUCUGAAUUUAAUAUGGAAAAUGAAAAAUAUACAAGUAUUCCCUCUUUUUUAACCUUUCUUCAUUAAAUAAUGAUGAGAAGAAUAUAAGGUAUACAAAGAUAUUAUAUAAUCAAUCUCUUAAUUAUAUGCGAGAUGCGUGUAUAAAGUUCCGAAAUGAAAAAGGAAGCAUUCUUAUAUGAUUCGCCUUUCAGCAGCAGUAUCCCUCAUUAUAUAUUGCAAACAAUAUAAAGUGCAAAAUUUUUAGAAAUAAAAUAAGCUAAAUUAAUUAUGAAUAUCAUCAAUAUACAGAGUGUCAUCUGUGUAUAUCAGUUUGUGUGCAGGCAGAACUCAUCAAAUUGAAUAAAAAAGGCCUUUACUACUUUGAAAGUAGCCACGGUCAUUAUUCAGAUAUUAAUUUAAUUAAAAAGUAUUGGUGAAUUAGUGCACAUGACACGAUGGAAUGAAUUUUGUAAGGUAUUUUAAAGAGACGUGUCUUCGGCAUGUUGACUAUCUAUCUUCUAGCGACAAUGAAUAUCGGCUGGCAACAAGACACGGAGUAACGCUGUGAUUUUGGGCCACAUAGUUCCCAGAAAAUCAGAAAUCAAGUUGAAGACACACUUAAUUUGAUUUCCGGGUUAAUGCCACGUCCUUCAUGGUGCCAAAUAUCAGUCAAAAAAAUUCAGAAUUUCAAAUCUCGUUCCCUGAAGAAGUAAUGAACUAAAAUGUUCACGAAAUAUUAGAAAUAAAUAAAUGAAAGAUCCGGAAAUUUCUCGCAUCUCGCGCACUCGUUUACCGAUUUCUUUUGAUUAAUAUCUUAAUAAUUAUUAUAGUUGUUUUUUAAGAUGAUAAAAAACUUUUUUAUUCAAUUUUUCGUGAGUUUUUUUACCUGCACACGGGCGGAUUAUCAGUGGUAUCAGAUAAUUGUAUUUAUAUAACAAAAAUGCUAUCUUCUAAUUUCUAACGAUAAUAUUAUAAUAAUUUCCAAGGAC